UAGACGCGGAAGUGUGAGACACACUUGCUAACAACAAACAGGGAGCCUGUUCUUCACUGUCACUGAUGUGUUUUUGCCUCCUGGGAGGAUUUUACUGAGACAUGGCUCUACCGCCUCAGCUCAAAGCCAUCCAGCACCACCUGCGGACCGCACAGGAACAUGAGAACCGGGACCCGGUCGUCGCUUACUACUGUCGACUCUACGCCAUGCAGACCGGCAUGAAGCUGGACAGUAAAACACCAGAGUGCCGAAAGUUCCUCAUCAAACUCAUGGACCAGCUGGAGACGAUGAAGAAGGAGCUGGGUGACAACGACUCCAUCAAUCAGGAGGUGGUGGGGAACGCCCACAUUGAAAACUACGCCUUAAAGAUGUUCCUGUAUGCCGACAACGAGGACCGUUCGGGCAGAUUCCACAAGAACAUGAUCAAGUCGUUCUACACAGCCAGUCUGCUGCUGGAUGUCUUGUCUGUGUUCGGAGAGUUGUCAGAUGAGAACAUCCAGCACAGGAAGUAUGCCCGCUGGAAGGCCACCUACAUCCACAACUGUCUGAAGAACGGAGAGACGCCUCAAGCCGGGCCCAUCGGCAUGGACGAGGAUGAGGAAGCAGGUGAACAUGGAGCUGAAGGUUUCUCAGGUCCAGGUCUCUCCCACGGAGGUUCCUUCAGGGCAGAGCCUUCCUCUGGGUCCCCCCACCAGGACCAGAGUUUGGGUCCGGGUCCCGCCCCAGGGAUCGGCUUCACUCCCGUACCAGGAUCAGGGCCAUCGGGUCCCCCCACCACCACCUACAACAACAUCCACAUCCCACCAGGCGCCCACGCACCGGCCAACACUCCAGCCGAGCUGCCUCCACCUACAGCAGAACCAGUUAAACCAGUGCCUGUUCCCCGUUCAAUGCCCACUGUUGACCCUUCACUGCUCAAUGCCCAGCAGCAGGGCGGUGUUCACCUCUCCCCGGAGGACUUCACCAAGGCCCAGAAAUACUGCAAAUACGCUGGCAGCGCCCUGCAGUACGAGGACGUCACCACGGCCAUCCAGAACCUCCAGAAAGCCCUGAAGCUCCUCACCACCGGCAAAGAAUGAAGCCUUUGUCCUCCCAUCUGAUCCCUCCAUCCCUCCUUCCUUCCUUCCAUCCCCCUCUCUUCUCCCCAGCAGCGCCGCCGCUCUAUCUGUCACUGAUCUGUCCCACAGCGAGCGGACGACGCAGGCAUGAACACACACACUCACACUCACACACACACACUCUGAGGCCGGCCUGUGAACAGAGCUGUUAAGCUCGGCGUCAGAGGAGGACAUGAUGGAAAUCAGUCUGCGACAAUGGCUGCCUGUGUCUCACACUGACGGACUGACGGACUGACGGACUGACUGAUAAUUAAUAAUUAGAGCCCAAAGAUCAAAGCUUCAUUAUUAUUGACCACAGAGAGCUGCAUGAUGAUGUUUCUCUGUCGGCAAACAGAAGUUACCAUCCCAGUGGUUCCCUCAACAAAAAGCCAGUUACAUUAUUCCAUUGAAUUUGAAUUAUAGCAGAAAAUAAACUCUGUGACAAACAAACGUUUAUGAUGCAUGUUUUGUUCAGCGAAAUAAUCUUCAGUAAUGAACCACUUUUAUGAUCGUUGAAGCUUAAAUUCAGAAGUACAAAGCUAAUGCUAGUCUACAAACAAACCACACCACGGUCACAUGACUUACAACACCAAGACAGCGAGGCUGUAAAGUCGUGUUCAGCGUGACGACAUUCUGUCUCAUUUAGCCACUUGUUAACAACCGUCUUUCUUAGGACAUGCUAAAGCUUCGAUAUUCACAGAGAGAUUUUUAGUGACAUAUUUUGUGGCAGAAGCCAUGAAAGUCUCCUCAGCCCGUGUUAACCACCGAACUUAAUUCAGACAUCUAACCCCAAAACCCACUGACUUCACGACGAGGGAACCAGAGCGGUAAAAUGACUCAUUUGCAGCUUUUAGGACUCAUUCCUGCACGACUCUACUGGGUUGUAACAGAUUCACACAUAUGGUCACAAACAGCACAUUAAAAUCAUCCCUGUGACUCUGAGUUUAGGCUUCUUUCCGAACAAUCAAAUAGCAACAAAAAAGUCAACUCAACGGUCACUGACUGGCUUUUUGUGGAGCUUCUGUGCUCAGUUAGUUAAUCGUACACCGUGGGUUACAGAUUAAGUCAGACAGGAUUAAAGCAAAACAUCACAAUGAAACCCACUGAUGAUAAUUGGUGGAGCUGGAGUCAGGUGUGUCGGGCUUUGAUUAGGCCCAAACAAAUCAGGUCUGACAUAACCCCGCACAGUUUCUGUCCAAGCCCAACCCGAGCCUGAACCACAGCGGCACUUUGGGGCCUGAGCCUGAUUAAAAACAGAAAUUUCCACCUAAAGAAAAAAAAAUCAAAACAUGUUUUUGCAAGCUGACGCGUUUCCUCGCACCACUUCUUCUUCCCUUAUUCCAAGAGUCUGUCAUUGGCUCUGUGUCUUGUGCGAGACAGGUUCAGCACCGUGUCCCAAAAAAUUGGCAAGAACCCGACGUGAAUCAACCUGGUGGUUUGAGUCAGUCAGAGCCACGGUUGGGCACGGGCAGAAAAUCAAAGCUCUACAGGUGAAUUAGCUUAGCUUAUCUUAGUUUAGCAUAAAGACUGGAAGCAGAAGGGAAACUGUUAGCCACUUUUACUGUUCUUUGUGUUUGCUCAGAUUCAAAAGAUGAGAUACAACAUGAGUCAGUGAUCUUUGGAGGUCUCAUACAGGAGGUGUUGAAUUUUCAAUAUAGACAGAACCAGGCUAACUGUUUCCCCCUCUUCCAGUCUUAAUGCUAAGCUAGGCUAAUUGUAAUUGUGCUGAUAUGAGUUUGACAUCCAUCUUCUCAUCAGACUCUGCAGGAAGCCAGAAAGCAGAAAAUGUUCCUGUAAAAGGAUGAAUGACUGAUCAGCUGAAUGAUCCAUGACUGAUGAGGACACUAACAGACGUUAAAGACGGAAACUUUUAGACGACAAAGAUUCAACACUGAAGGUUCAGAUGGUUUACUGACGGACUGACGGACAGAGCAGCUCGCAGGUCGUUUACACACUGUGACUCUGCAGAAUCUGAUCCACAAACCAACAGACUGUCGACUUUGAGCCGGUUUCUUUCAGUUGAGACAGAAAACCUUUUAAUGUUCUUACCUGUGAAAAUUAAUCAGAAUGUAUCCGACUGUCGACACUUCCUGUCCUUUAAUUUCACUCCGUGUCUCAUUGUGUCUCAUCGUCCAGCUCAGACAAUAAAGACUUUGGUAACUCAGUGAAACAGCUGUUGGAGUGAACUCAUGCAGGAAUCUUCUGAGUUUUUGUUUUUUGGAGGUUUUUGCUCUGACAUUGUUUUAAUGUGUUGACACAUCACUUCCUGUGUAUAUGAUGGUUUUAUUUCUGAGAGCCGGCAGCCGUCUGCUUUUUUCUUUUCUGAUAUUUUACAUUUAAGUUUCUCUGAACUUCUUCUAGUGGGACUUUAAAGGUUUUCAGAAACAUCUGUCAGAAUCACAGAGAUUCAGUUUGAAUAAAAUAUUUGAAAAUGAUCCACGA